AUGGGAGCUGAUCAGUAUUCUGGUAUCGUGAACAGCCCUGUCGACCGAGUUUGCAAUGUGACUGAGCAUGAAGCAGGCGCACUCCUCAGCGUGGACAAGGGGAGAACUUCCAAUAGUCCGUCGAACACCUUGAAUGAGUCAGAGCAUGACACCAUGAUGUACAGACUGAAGGAGCCGACCCAAGAGCUAGGAUUGGAACAACGCAGUCACGAGCCCGCCGUCUCCGAUGAGCUCACGAAGCGCAUACCAAAGCUGCCGCUCAGUGCGGAGGCACCCCUGAUACCAAGUCUGGAAACGGAGUUUUCUACAGCGACGGAAGCGAUGCACUCAAACUCGAGUGCGUUGACCAAGAACACGAUGGAACAUUCAUUCACAUGCAGAAACAGCAAGAAGGCUUCUUCAAACAUCCAGUACUUGUCACUGAUGUAG